AUGAAUCACACAUUUACGUUUGAGACAAACCUGAACGACAUUUUUGCUGGAGAUGACAUUGCGGAGUCCGAAAAGAGCUGCGAUUACUGCGUGAAGCGGAAGCGUGUGUGCAGGUGCGACACCAUCAGGAGGGAGCUCGGCAGCGAAGACGCAACCGAGAUAGCAGAGCUGCAGGAGCGGAAAAGAUACUACGACGAAAUCUGCGAAAAAAUUGUGGACAAAUACAAAGACGUAGUUAACCGGUUUGAGUACGACAAGGACAUCGUGUCCUAUAUAAAAAAAAAUAAAAUUAACGAUGAAAUCGAAUGCGAAGACUGGAUCUAUUUUUACGAGUUACUGAAGGAGAGGAAGAUAGUGGAAAGGUGCAUCGACAAGAAACCGAGCACGGAACCGUUAACCCUGAACAGCUUCCAUUUUUAUGAGGAAGCCAACUUUAUAAGCUGCCUAAAUUAUUACCUUAAGGUUCAUAAACUCCACCAUGUGAUUCACAAUUGGAUGGGCAUGAGUGUGAACCCCUUCGACGAGUAUGCGUCGGGGGAGGAGCGCCACGCUGGAAUUGGUGAUAACUGCAAUGUGAGUGGCUAUACGGGGGUUGUCCCUGAGCAGGUGCAUGCAAAGCGGGAGCUCCAAUCCGAACCCACCCCCCCAGGACAAACGAACGAGGAGGAUAACUGGGGCAAUAAUACGUUGACGCCUGUAACAUUGCAGAAGGGGAAAAGAUUCCACCCAUUGUAUUACUACCUCUACAUGCAAGAAAAUGAGAGAUGGGUUUCAGGGCUAAACAACUCGGGCAGCAUUAUCCAUCCAGAAAAUAUAAGUCAUGUAUGGAACCAAACGGUAAGAGAGAGCAACAAAAAGGUGAAGCUGUUUCAGCUAAUAACGGCAAAUAGUAUAAGCACAGAUGACGUGAUGGAUUACUCCAAAAAGGAGAAGACGAACGAACACAUGGUGGAACAGAACAACCAUUCUGCAAGAAUUAGGAGCAUAAGUCAGCUAGUGUGUGCCUUGGGCAUGGUAGAUAUUGGGGGUUGCUUCAUCAUUAAAAUGAAAUUAUCCUUCGACAAUUUUCUCCUGUCUAUUUUUUCCAUCCUAGCUAUAUGUUUCAAGAAGCUGGAGGUGUAUAGACCCUCCUGUUGUCACCUGCGCAAUGUUGUUUUUUUAGUAGGUAUCCAUUUUAAUGGGAUCACAUCUAUUUUUUUGUCUAGUUUAAAUAAUUGGGUUCUGGGAGCACAGAGGGAGAUUGCUUCGUCGGUGGUGGAUGGCAAUGACCUAAACACGAUAGGCACAAACAUACUAGAUGACUCCACCGGCGGAGUGAAAAAGAGAGGAAACUUCCGAGGGAGAAAUAUCAUUCCGAGAAAGUGGAUCAAGAAAAGCUUCUUCAGAGAAUACCAGAACUGCAUCCACCAUUUUGUGGACUACCUAAUUUACUACCUGAAAAAAUGUAUAAAUGUAUCCAACACGAAUCUGAUGAAGAAAAAUAUCGAGAACACCAAGAGGAUGUACCUUUCGCAGUUCUUCGAGGAGCACCGACUUGUGGACAUUAGGAAAAAGGAUAAGCUGCUGUUCAGACUGCUGGACGAUUUGUACUUCGACCAGGGGAGGAUCAUCCAGCCGGUAUAUCACACAGAGCACGCAGACCACGCAAACCAAGCAAACCGCGCAGAUGAGCUGGAUCAUAUGGACGAGGCGGAUGUACAAUUUGAGCGGGACAAGGUACGCCGCUCCAAUAAUUACCCCUACGCAGGGGCGCCAUUUUCAAAGAAGGAGUUACAAAAACUGAGGAGCUGCUUAAACCUCCCCCCACAAGCAGGAACAGAAAGGGGCAUCUUCUUCGAAGGUACGGGGGAAUCGAACGAAACGAAUGAAAAUGUCAGUAAUGGCGUCUUCCCCAACGGUGGGGGGAAUGUUCACAAAUAUCGCAAACAAAUCACAGCACUCUUAAGAAGAAUCGACUUUAAGGGUGACAAAACCUCAUCGCGGAAGCGGGCAGGUAGCAGAGUCACCCCCGCCGAUGGUACAUCCGGUGGUUUUUUUCACCUGGACGAGGACCUAAUCCGAAAGAGAGUCUUCUCAGUGGAUAAAACUCUGCUGGAAAAGCAUGAAGCGGAAUUCGAGGGGCUCCUCAAGAAGCAAGUCUACUUUACCAACAAGAACUGGUUCAGGUGUUAUCUCCAGAAGGAAGCGUGCCAAUUUGAGAACCCCUUUUAUUUGGAGAAGGAACUAUACAGGGACAUAUUACUCUGCAGAAACCAUAUCUACUACAACAAAUGCGCUGUUGGCAUGAACAGCAUAAAACAGGUUCUGAAGCGAUACGAACCUGUGUGUUCAUCCUACGUGAUGGACGGAAAUGAGCUCCCCUGCAGCGUCAUUGACUGCCUCUUCGUUUUGAAGAAUUGCGCCCACGUGGAUCUUACUGAGGAUUCAUCGUGCCUUCGCAACUUUUUAAUCAUAAGUGGGGACGCCUCAGCCAGCGUCUUCUCCUUCUUUUCCAAAUUCGGGUCUGGUUGUCGCAUCCUGCUGGAGGGAUCGGACAGCCCAGUCGGUGGUAACCCCAUUGCAGAGCCCGAAGACGCCACAUCCCCCCUAAACGUGCAGGAGCUGUACGAAAGGAAAACCCCCUACAAGCACUUCAGUGAAAUGUUGCAGAACAAACUGGAAAGCAAAAACAUCUGCUCCCUCGUAUUCAUUGACCUCAACACGCAGCUUUUUCAAAACUAUGUGCAUGUGAUUGAAAAGGAAAUAAAAACGAAAAACUACUUCGUUUCCAGCUUAAUCAUAUGCUUCAAUUAUUUACAAAAGGGGGGCAGCCUCAUUGUUCAUUUGAGUAGCGCCAUGACGUUUUUCACAGCCGGUUUGCUCUACGUGUUAGUUUGUGCCUUUGAGCGGGUGGACCUCUUCCUACCCCCCUCCUGUGAUGACAUCGAGUUGGGGUUCUACAUUUAUUGUAACAACUUUAGUGGGAACUACGUGUACCGCCACUAUGUGCAAUUCCUGUGGGAGGCUCUCAUAUGUAAUCAGUACCUGGAGGAGAAGGUUCCCGGUAGUGCUAUGAACGUAUCUGUCACACCAGGGGAAGUUAGUACGAAGAGGAAGAAGGGAGAUGUCUACCUCUCCGUUCCUUUGUUCUUCCUAAUGAACAAACACUUUGUUCAUCUGUUGAAGCGAUUUAACUCCUUUUACUUUGCCCACCAUGUAAAUGUGUGCAUGAACUUUUUAAGGGAGCCAAAAUAUUUCUACCAUAAUCGGACGUUAAUUAAAUGUCUAGUUACUCAUUUUUUCCGAGCGUAUGUUUUGCCUGAGGAGGUGGGUAGAUCCUUUGGCCGGGUCUUCAAAUCGGUGAGCAUUCACUGUGAUGAGGAUGGAAGUGACGAAAUGGACAGUGGAGAUGACGAGAGCAACACUUUUGGAAGUGAUCACCUACCCACGGGUGAUGAUGCUGGUAGCGACUUUUCCAGUCUGGAUCUUUCCAACCGUGGUGAGGAAGACGAAGGGGGGAGGAACGCCCUCAAAAGGGGUACGGCCUCCCCUGAGCGGAACAAGAAGAAGAAGCAAAAAAUCAGGAACAGCAACAGUCGAAGUAGAAGCCGAAGUGGUAGUGGUGAUGAGCGGGUGGUCAACGACGAAAGCGAAUUGGACCGCUCCUCCAGUGAAUCGAAUUACUCCCUGGCUUUUGAAUACAAGAAUGUGCCCAGCGAAAUAUCUGUGUCGGAGUCGGCCUGGGGAGACAGUUCGUAG